AUGGAGCGUGUGGAAGUUGAACAUCGUCCCAAGGCGGUGUUCGUUCUUGGACCAUCUUCUAGCGGAAAGACAACGCUCUGCGAAGCACUGUCGAAGAAACUUGGGGUUAGACCGCCCCUGUACAUCAAGGAGGUUGCGCGUGAAGUCAUGGCCACUCACGGGUUCACUCGUUCGGACGUGGACACCUUCGCGAUGCAACAUGCCAUAAUGCUCGCGCAACUUGUCGCAGAGGAGAAGGCCAUGUCCGCAGCCACAGAGCAUCAAGGCCCGCGGAAAACGAUACUGAGUGAUCGCUCCGCGAUCGACCCGAUCGUUUACGCGGCGACAUCGCAAUCGUCAGAGGCCAAAGAGCGCCAUCAGCGCUUGCUCGCGGAGCAAUCACUGCAGGAGAUUCUUCCUUGGUAUCAAGAAUCGCUGUUCGUGGACGAAUGGUUGGAGGACGACGGCGUGCGUUCCCUUGAAGAUCCUUGGAAAUAUAGCGGGGCACUGAGGUCGACACUGGAUAGCCUAGGAAUUUCGAGGAUGACGUUGGGGAAGGAGGUCAAAAGCUUGGAGGAGCGAGUGGAGUUGGUUUGUCGUAAAUUGGAACAGGCCGAGGCCAUUGAGGACGCGAUAAGCGCCGAAUAUCAAUGA